AUGAAACACGAUCCACAGUAUUUAGCUAGCUGUCAUGGUCAUAUAGGAAAUCUGUGUUUGAAACUAAAUGAUUAUAUUAAAGCAUUAGAUCAUUAUCAAAAAUCAUUAAAACUCAAACUAGAAUCAUUACCAGAAAAUCAGUUAUCGAUAGCGUUGACUUAUGUGUAUCUGGGAAGGCUUUAUGAUGAACGUUUAAAUGAAUAUACAAUGGCUCUGAUCACUACAAAAAAUCAUUUGAAAUCAGAUUAA